AUGGCGCCGCAUUCAUCCCACGAUGAGUUCUUCUCAUCCCUCACCGAUCUCCUCUCCAAAACUUCCUCCCAGGCCCACGGCUCCGUAUACCUCACUCAAAAACCCCUGAUCGAUGUCCCCGGUGCAACGACCACAAACUCUCAACCAUCUAUCCUCAUCCGGGCCACAGAUGGCAAUACCAAUGCGCCAAACCCCAAGGCUACGAGUAAAGACGGCAAAAUUACCAAGAGUGCAUCGAAGGCUACAAAGAUCAAGCUCUCCACAGUCGUCACCCCAGAUGAUCUGGAGGCAUUCUACGCCCGGUAUGCGGAGGUCUGCAAGGCAGGCAUGACCGGGUUGAAGAAGCGGGAUCGCAGAGCUAAGAAGGCGAAGACUAAGGGUGGUGCUGCCAAGGCUAUCAAGGCAUAG